ACACUCUUUUCGUCACCCACGGCCCUACCCAGCCCCACUAGUAUAUUCAAGCCCACCCCCUUUUCUGUACACACAUUAUAAACACACACAUUGGACCGUGUCUUAAUACGAGAAAGGGGUGGAGAAGAUGGUGUCUGAUACUACCAGCAUUGAUCUGUUGAAAAACGAGAUUCCGGUAGAAACCCAAUCUCUAUCUCUCACCGGAGACGUCAAAACAGGUCUUGUUCUCGUCGACCUCGUUAAUGGCUUUUGCACUGUUGGUUCCGGUCCUCUGGCUCCAAGUGCACCAGAUGCACAAAUUUCUGAAAUGGUUGACGAGUCCGUGAGGCUCUCCAGAUUCUUCUGUCAAAAGAAUUGGCCUGUUUUUGCUUUUCUUGAUUCUCAUCACCCUGAUAAACCCGAGCCCCCAUACCCACCCCACUGCAUAGUUGGAACAGAGGAUUCCGAAUUAGUUUCUGCGUUGCAAUGGUUGGAGAAUGAACCGAAUGUAACACUUAGACGCAAGGACUGCAUUGAUGGUUUCCUUGGUUCCUUCGACAAAGAUGGAUCCAAUGUUUUCGUGAAUUGGGUGAAAACCAAUCAAAUAAAAGUUGUGUUGGUGGUCGGGAUCUGCACAGAUAUAUGUGUACUGGAUUUUGUCUGUUCUACACUAUCUGCAAGAAAUCGUGGUCUUCUCCCCCCUUUGGAGGAUGUGAUUGUGUAUUCCCGUGGAUGUUCUACUUAUGAUCUUCCAGUCAAUAUAUCCAGGAACAUCAAAGGUGCUUUACCUCAUCCACAGGAAUUAAUGCAUCACAUAGGUCUGUACAUGGCAAAAGGUAGGGGAGCGAAUGUUGUCUCUGAAGUGUCGUUUGGCUUAGGGGUAGAGCAAUGAUUUUUGGCCCUGUUGGUUGUUUUACAAUCCAGGCCAUGUGUAUAUAAUACUAAAUAAGUGCAGCACAAUCAUGUUGAAGCACAUAACAGAAUCAACUGUUAAGGUUCUUGCAAUCCUAUCAACUCUGUUAUUCACGAGUGCCAAAUGUUUCUGGGUCCAGUCGUUUUAGUGAA